UGACAGUGUUUGUUGUGACGUUUGAACCGCAAUAUAAAAAUCAUCAAAAUUCAUAAACAAUAAAAUAUAAUGGUUCGCAUUAAAAAUCGUUAUAUUGUUGUACAGAUUAUUCCUAAAAAUGCAGAACAGAAGGUGCUUUAUUUGAAAGAACAAAUUUUGGCUAAAUGUUUGCUGUCACAUGUACAAAAAUACUAUGGUAUUUAUGGAUUGGGAUUGCUGGAACAUGGGUUUCGUGUGAAAUAUUGCAAUGAAAGAACAAAAAUAGCAAUUUUUCGAUGUUCACAUCACUCCUACAGAUUUGUGACCAGUAUAUUGCCUUUGAUUGUUUCGAUUGGAGAUGUUCAAGCGAAAUUUCGUACAAUUUAUACAGGAGCCACGAUAAUGCAAUGCAAUAAAUUUAUCAUAAAGCAUCAACAAACUUAUCUUGAUCGUAUGGUGGGUCAAAUUGAUUCGGCCAAAGAAAGACAAGACAUGAUUAAACGAGUCAUGGAAUUCGACUUAGGCUGAGAAAUCAUAUAUCAUAGGAAAAUCUAUAAAACUAAUAGCAUUAGCCUCAUAUGAUCGAUUUACUUUAUUAUUAAAACAAAUGUUUUUUUACUUUCGUUGCUAAGAACUUAAUAUAACAAAAGAAAAAUAUGAACUUAAAGUACAA